AAAGCGGGUGAUAACUCCCAGGAGAUGACACUCUCAUACGCUGCGAAGUGGGGCUGGUACUCUAUUGUCCAGAAUCUUGUCGAAAACGGUUCAUCAGUAGGACAAAGAGAUGUGCUCGAUCGUACUCCACUAUCUUAUGCUGCAGCAAACGGAGAUCAAAACACUUUCAGCUUCCUCUUAGACAAGGAUUCAUUUCCUGACGCUGCAGACAAGCAAAAUCGCACCGCGCUUUCCUAUGCCGCAGAGAAAAACCACCUCACCAUUCUAGAAAUGCUCCUUAAGGACCAGAGAGUGAAUGCUGAACUCAAAGAUGAUAAGGGAAGAACAGCUUUAUGGUGGGCAGUUCGACAUGGCCACGAAAAGGCAGCGCAUAUCAUACUGCAGAAA